UAGGUUGGGGAGGGCACUAGAUUAACGUAACUGCGAUGUUCAGCUGAACUCAGCCAGGGCACUUCAGUAUGAAAGCUCCUCUUUCACCAGUGAAGUCAUCAGUGGUAGUGGAUAUUACUACGAUUUACUAGCCAAGCCCUUAUGGCGCAGUUUCAUUCAUUGGAUUUGUGUGCAUGACACCCGUUUCUUCAUGGAUAUACUGUGUUUUCACACCUGGAGUAAUUCUUGCAAGCAAAAUGUGUCUUUGUAAACGUGAUACCUUGUGUUGAUGAUAUGCCAGACAAACCAAAGCUUAUUCAAGUAACUAUGAGCGGAAAGAUUUUGCUAGUGGGGAUCCUGUAUACACUGUCUUGUACAGUCUGUGCUGAAAUUGAUGACAAAUUAUACAAGAGCCGGCCAAAGAUCACUGGAAACUUUAUAGAUUCCACUGUCGUGCUGAAAGCUGGCGACAACUUUACUCUGCUGUGUGAGGGAGACUUUCCCUUGGAGUGGCAUGUGACUGCCCCGGGCCCACAAGAGAGGAUCGACAGUGGUGUUGCGAAGAUGGAAGUCUCUACUGGCGGCACUAACAAGACGGCAUCUCGUCUCACCCUGAGCAAUGCGCAGUACUACGACACCGGCAGCUACAGCUGCUACUACCAGGCGGACCAACGCAAGGUCCGGGAUGACUCCGCCGUCUACAUUUUUGUCAAAGAUUCACAACAUGCAUUGGUACCGAACCAGAGGAUGGGCUACCCGAUUCCUGUGCGUGUACGACACUACCGCAGUGCUAUCAUCCCUUGCCUCGUCACAGAUCCCUCCAUCAACGUCACACUCAUCAAACAAAUGGCCAACGAAGUGGUAGACAGCCGCAGUGAUGUCACUUACGACCCCAAAGUUGGCUUUACUCUCCAUUACCCGAAUUAUUACUUUGGUGGAUUGUUCUCCUGUGAGGUUGAGAAUUACACCGACUCUAUUCAAGUUGCCCUGCUUUAUAGCAAUUCACCCUCUACUCCAUAUCCCUUCAUUGAAAUCAGUCCGCCACACACACGGAUUUGGGCUGGGGAAUCUUUCACACUCACCUGUAAAGUGAACGUUGAUAGAGGUCACGUGAUUUUCAUCGAAUGGUUGUUUAAAAUGAAAGGGGUGAAGUCAAACUACUACAUAAUGAAGCCACGCAAAAAUCCGAUAAGGACUUCCAACUACAUGUACGAUGAAGUCUCAACCCAGAUAAAGGUGUUUGAUGUCAAUACAGAUGAUCAGGGCGUGUACACCUGCCAAACUGAGACCAAUCACCUCACUAAGUCAGUCUCAAAAAUACUGUAUGUCUACGAGAAAUCCGAAGUGUAUCUGAUGCCAGAGAAAGAUGUGGUUGAGACAACUCUUGGAAGUCAAAUGGCAGUGAUCCGGAUGGACAUGAACGCAUUCCCAAAGCCUGAUUUAUACUGGUAUUUCAACGGACAUCUUAUCACCAAUGAAAGCAACUUCAAGCAGUAUCAAUCCAAGGAUGAAGCAGCCUUGAAGAUUUUCUUUCCGUCGUCAGUGCAUAAUGGGAACUACACUCUCCAUGCAGUAACUGUUGACAUGAACGCCACAGCCAGUGUCAUUUUGCAAGUAUAUGGGCCACUCACAGCGACCCUCUCAGCUAAUCCCGACUACAAGUUGUUCACAACGGGGGAGAAGUACAGCCUUGUGUGUCAGACGUGUGGCUACCCCACUGGGAACAUCACAUGGUACUAUCAGGACUGCAACUCCACCUUGUGUACGGUCGAGGAGGACAGCUGGAUCCUCAUACAGCAGAAAAACUUAUCCAUGUACAGCACCAUACCUGUUGUGAAAAACGUGACUGGAAUCUAUCGUUGUGAUGUCAAAAAUGACAUUGGUGGUGAACACAAGGAUUUCAAGUUCAUUGUUACAGACCAAGUUCCCAGCAAAUCUGGCAUCAAGAUCACCUCUAGCAGAGACAAGGUCGUCAAGGGAGACGAUCUGAAACUUGAAUGCAUAGCCAGUAUCUGGAUCUACCGAAAAAUAAGCUUUCCCUGGAUGCCGUCAGCUUUGGCGUUGUAUAAUAACAGCGUGUUGGUGGAUAACACAACAGACACAACUCCUCUUAACACAACUGUUGUGUUAAACACUUCUACAACAGAUGUAGCUGUGUCCACUGAGAGCCCAAGGAUACAGAUUUUUGAAACAAGGACGGAGUACUCCUUUGUGAGGACAAUCGUGUUCCAUUCACUUCUGCCGGAGGAUGAGGGACUCUACUUCUGCAAUGGGACCAACUUUACAUCAAGUGUUACUGCUGACGUAUAUAAUCUGUCUCUGUUGCCUAUCAAGCCCCCAGCCCUGCUGGAUCAUACGUCGGGGGAGUUCAGCAUCAAGCAGCUGUCAUCCUUCUUCCUGGAUUGUGCCUUCGAUGGCUUCCCCAAACCCCAUGUCUCCUGGUAUAAGGACAGUGUCAAGCUCAAGGCUAACAACACCUUCAACAUCACCUUUACAUCCUUCCAGAAUGCUCGGCUGACUAUUGAGGAGGUAACCAAGAUCCAUGCAGGGUAUUACUACUGUGAAGGGGAAAACUAUGGAGGGAAAAUCCAGAGUUCCAACAUCACUCUGCUUGUUGGACAGCCAGUAUUGGCUGGUUUUACUGGAAUGCAUGUCGGAAUCGUUGUUGGCGUGGCAGUCGUCAUCGUGAUUAUCCUCAUCAUUGUCAUCAUCAAGGUCAGGAGUAUGAAGGCCGGAUAUCACAAGGAGUUGGAGCAGUGCCUGAUGCAGCCCAAGGGAGACUACAACCCAGACCUGCCCAUAGACGAGCAGACAGCCUGUCUCCCCUAUGACCCUAAAUGGGAAUUUCCUAAAGACAGACUUCGACUUGGUAUGAUCCUUGGUCAGGGAGCUUUCGGUCGGGUGAUGAAGGCCGAGGCGAUCGGUAUCAUGGAUUGUGAAGAUGUGUCUAUCGUGGCAGUCAAGAUGGUCAAAGACUGUACUGAUCGGGAACAAAUGAUGGCUCUGCUGUCAGAGCUGAAGAUCCUCAUCCACAUCGGUCAACAUCUUAAUAUUGUCAACCUUCUCGGAGCUGUCACCAAAAAUAUUCGCUUUGGUGAACUGUAUGUUCUUGUGGAGUACUGCCUGUUUGGAAACCUGCGCAACUACUUGAUCAAGAACCAGUCUUCCUUCAAGGACACAAUGGAAGAAUACACAGACCCUGCACUGGAGAAGAAACGUCAGGCUCAGAACGAGAAGCCAGUGCCAUAUUACGUCAACAAGGCUGCUGUGCCAGAAAACAGUGCUGAUCUGAUUGGUCCGGCACUGACAACAAAGAAUCUGAUUUGCUGGGCAUUUCAAGUAGCACGAGGGAUGGAAUACCUUGCAUCCAAGAAGUACAUCCACCGGGAUCUGGCAGCACGGAAUGUGCUCCUUGGGGAGGACAAUGUGGUCAAGAUCUGUGACUUUGGCCUGGCCAAGGACUGCUACAAGGACGCAGAAUACAAGAAGAAGGGGGAUGGUCCAGUUCCGGUCAAGUGGAUGGCCCUGGAGUCCUUCACACACAGGAUCUACACCACUAAGAGUGAUGUAUGGUCAUAUGGAGUCUUUAUUUGGGAGCUGUUUUCUUUAGGAGGAAACCCCUACCCUGGAGUUGAGAUAAACGAGAAGUUCAUAGGACUGCUGAAGUCUGGCUAUCGUAUGGAGAAACCUAAAUAUGCCUCCGAUGAGUUAUUCAAGAUUAUGGAGUUGUGUUGGCACGACGACCCGAACAUGCGGCCCUCCUUCUCCAGCCUUGUGUCAUCAAUGGGAGACUUCCUGGAAGCUAAUGUCAAACAGUACUACCUGGACCUCAACACCACAUAUGUGAAGAUGAUUGAUGAGACAGGAACAACAACCACCGCAGCUGCUGCCGGUGGUGCCGCCGCUGCUGAUGGGUACUUAAAGAUGAACGGGUCACCAGACUACACACCCAUGUGUCCAAGCUUAGCUGAACCGGAGUCCACUAGUCUUUCCGACCAUGAGGAUAACGAAGCCAAUCGCUAUAUGAAUCAGAAGAUGUGGCGGAAAGAGAAGUCCGAAGAAUAUGAACUGACACCCCUUCAUCGGCCACAUGGAGACAAGGAGAAGGCCCUGGAUAAGGCGAGGUCAGAGUCCCCAGUCCAGUUCCACACGCAAGCCGAUGUCCACAACCCUGAGGACAGCGACAGUGGUCACUCCAGCAGCUACGCGCCAGGGUCGUCACCGGUGGAAAACAAUGGCUACCUUGUGCCAAAGGCCCUGGACAGUGAGCCCCUGGUAUACCCAAUGGCUAAGCCCAAGCCAAUACCAAGCCAGGUUAACUAUCAACACAAGGAGAACUGCAGUAACGAGUCUGUGUGUACGUGUAGUUCAAGUGGGUUUGACUCGGACUAUCGCGAUGUGCCUCCGCCAGAUUAUACUGCAGUCAUGGAAGAUGCGUGCAGGCACUGAGAGUCAGUCGAUCGUCGAGAGACAGAGGUCAUACCAUAAAGGGAGACUAUCUUCAAAGGGACAUAACUCAAUGAGAGUGAGACAAUCAGGGAGAUUCAAACAUGUGAUGAUGAGCUUCACUGCUGUGGUGUUUGUUUGAGAAUUCUAGAGAGUGAAUUGUUGAUAUUGAUAUACAUGGACCAUGGCAUGUUGAUAUUAGUACAUAUGGACCAUGGCAUGUUGAUAUUGAUACACAUGGACCUUGGUGUGUUGAUAUUGAUAUAUGUGGACCAUGGCAUGUUGAUAUUGAUUGAUAUGGACCAUGGUGUGUAGUUGAUUGAUAAAUAUGGACCAUGGCAUGUUGAUAUUGAUUGAUAUGGACCAUGGUAUGUUGAUAUUGAUGUAUAUGGACCAUGGUGUGUUGAUAUUGAUACAGAUGGACCAUGGUGUGUUGAUAUUGAUACAUAUGGACCUUGGUAUGUUGAUAUUGAUAUAAGUGGACCAUGGUGUGUUGGUAUUGAUACAUAUGGACCUUGGUGUGUUGAUAUUGAUACAUACGGACCUUGGGGUGUUGAUAUUGAUGUAUAUGGACCAUGGUGUGUUGAUAUUGAUAUAUAUGCACCAUGGUGUGUUGAUAUUGAUACAUGUGGACCAUGGCAUGUUGAUAUUGAUGUAUAUUGACCAUGGUGUGUUGAUAUUGAUGUAUAUGGACCAUGGUGUGGUGAUAUUGAUACAUCUGGACCUUGGUGUCUUGAUAUUGAUGUAUAUGGACCAUGGUGUGUUGAUAUUGAUGUAUAUGGACCAUGGUGUGUUGAUAUUGAUGUAUAUGGACCAUGGUGUGUUGAUAUUGAUACAUCUGGACCUUGGUGUGUUGAUAUUGAUGUAUAUGGACCUUGGUGUGUUGAUAUUGAUGUAUAUGGACCAUCCUGUGUUUAUAUUGAUACAUAUGGACCAUGGUAUGUUGAUAUUGAUGUAUAUGGACCAUGGUGUGUUUAUAUUGAUGUAUAUGGACCAUGGUGUGUUCAUGUUGAUGUAUAUGGGCCAUGGUGUGUUUAUAUUGAUACAUAUGGACCAUGGUGUGUUUAUAUUGAUGUAUAUGGACCAUGGUGUGUUGAUAUUGAUGUAUAUGGACCAUGGUGUGUUUAUAUUGAUGUAUAUGGGCCAUGGUGUGUUUAUAUUGAUACAUAUGGACCAUGGUGUGUUGAUAUUGAUGUAUAUUGACCAUGGUGUGUUGAUAUUGAUGUAUAUGGGCCAUGGUGUGUUGAUAUUGAUACAUAUGGACCAUGGUAUGUUGAUAUUGAUGUAUAUGGACCAUGGUGUGUUGAUAUUGAUGUAUAUUGACCAUGGUGUGUUGCUAUUGAUAUAUAUGGACCAUGGUGUGUUGAUAUUGAUAUAUAUGGACCAUGGUUUGUUGAUAUUGAUAUAUAUGGACCAUGGUGUGUUGAUAUUGAUAUAUAUGGACCAUGGUUUUAGUUGAACAGAAACUCUCAAGUUGAAGUAAGCGAAGGGUGGGAACAGAUUUGUCUGUUUUUAAUGGAAAUGAGAUUGUGUAUAAAGCGCAUGAUGAUGAAGAGAUCUUUCAUUAGUCAGAAAGAGCUUCAGAAUAUGUUAGAAACAAAUGGCAUAGUAAUAUGCUCAAGAUUUGAAUCACCAGCAUAAUAUAUUGUGUAAUGGGUAGCCUAUGCCAUUCAUGUGCUCUGGUCAGGUAGGCUGAUAUACACAUAUUACAUAUAUAUAUAUAUUUAUAUAUACAAGAAAGAACCAUGUCUAGGUUUAGUGCAUGCGAUGUUGAAUACUUGUGGCCUAGGAUACACUGGUGAGUGUGAGCUGGAGUAGGCUUGCCAUCUACAAGGGUGUAACCAUGCAGUGAUACAAGGCUUGAGAUGCCGAUGUUGUACAAUACAAGGUACAUGAUACAAGAUGCUAUGUAAUACAAUGCAAGGGGAGCGAUACAGAUAUUGUACAAUAAUACAAGGUACAUGAUACAAGAUGCUAUGUAAUACAAUGCAAGGGGAGCGAUACAGAUAUUGUACAAUAAUACAAGGUACAUGAUACAAGAUGCUAUGUAAUACAAUGCAAGGGGAGC